GGGGCUGGCUGCGUCGACUGCAGACGCGGUGGGAAGUCUGCAUCCCACUGGCCUUCUUCCCAGUCAUCCCUGACCUCCCGCCAGUGCGGACGCUUCGAGGCGUCUUUCUCGGUUUCAGACGCUCCGUGUGCACCGGGCCCUCUGCGCCCCUCUCCCUGCGCCAGGCGCGAAGGGGUUUUACCUAGGCCACUGCCUAUCAGCUCUUUAGUUGACAUGUAAACUUGCUCUACGAAACAACCCUCUUCACCCACAGAAAGUACCUUGCGCAUGAUUGGCACCUGUUGAGUCCUCGGUGCUAGAAAAUCCCUUGAACAUCCCUGUGGCCCCUGGUUCAGUGCCCUGGAUUCCCGCCGCCUGCGCCUGUCGCGCCCUCCGUGUCCGUGGGCCUGGCUCGCACUCGAAGCUCCCUCGCUCCUGCCACCGCCGUCCUGAGAGGCGGCCGUUCACUGCAGAGGUUAAACUCCGACCCUUCUUGGCUUUGCUCGCCCCAGUGUUCAUCGCUUACACAGCGCGAGGCUGCUCGCAGUCUCAGCCGUACGCUGACCUUCUGUCGUCCAGCGGCUCCUUUUCUGGACUCUUCACUGCAAGCAGGUCCUCCUGAACGUCUCCGACCUUCAGGUACCUGACUGUUGGCUUUGUGUCUGAAGCUCCUGGAAGUUUUCUCUUUUUGAGGUAGAACUUGGCUGAAAUCACACUGCACACAUAUUGUAUACAAGUGCUUAGCCCAUGCCCAAGAAUUACUAUCCUCUAGUAAGACAAAUUUGAACUACAGUGGGAGUUCUGUAUAGGAAGAUGCAGCCUCUGAUCAAGUUGAUGGCUAUCUCAAAACCUCAAAACCUGAUUCUAAAUGAACAAAGUGAGGCCCUGAGAUCAGAUGUAUCUUGGCAACAGGAAUCCAUCCCAGUCGUGGAAACAUAUGACUCUGAGGCCUCUCGUCAAAAGUUCAGACAUUUCCAGUAUUUGGAAGUGUCUGGGCCUCAUGAAGCCCUGUGCCAACUCUGGGAGCUCUGUCUUCAGUGGCUGAGACCAGAGGUUCAUACAAAGCAGCAGAUUCUAGAGCUGUUAGUGCUAGAGCAAUUUCUGACAAUUCUCCCUGAAGACAUCAGGACUUGGGUGAAUUUACAACAUCCAAAGAACAGCAAAGAAGUGGUGACCCUCAUAGAGGAUGUGAUUGAAAUGCUUAACGAUAAAGAGAUACCCUGCAAGGAUUCUGUCCUGCUCCAGAAGGAGAGCAUUAAGGAGAAAAUGGAUGCUGACUCACUAAACGUCAAUUCCCAGGAACCAGUAACAUUCAAAGAUGUGAUUGUGGAAUUCAGCGAGGAAGAGUGGGGACAACUGGACCCUGCUGUAAAGAACCUGUACAGGGAUGUGAUGCUGGAGAACUAUAAGAACCUGAAUUCAUUGCAUCAAGAACCUCUGCUUUCCAAACCAGCUGAGAUUUCCAAUUUGGAGAGUAAGGAAAGAAGAUGGAUAAUGGAGCAAGAAAUCCCAAGCACAUCUGUUUUUGACAGAGGGGUAAUUUCAGAAAACCAAGAUUCAGUUCCAAUGCAGAAAAUUUCUGGAAAAGUUUCAUCUCCUGGCGUGAUUAUGACAAGACUGACCAAAAGUGGAUCCCCUUCUUUAGAUGCUUGGGUGAGCGAUGAUUGGCUAUAUAGGAAACAAGAACACUGGGACAUAAAUUUGUCAGAAGCUUUUGUUCAUAAGACAGUCUGCUCUGAGGUGGGAAACUUUGAAAGUAGAGAGAAUAAGAAAAGCUUAGAUGUUAAGUCAGUUAAUUCAAUUUUGGGUAUACAACAAGGAAUUCCUAUAAGAAAGGGGUCCUCAAAAUGUGAUAAGUUUAAAACUAACUUCAAGUUUAAUAUAGACUCAGGUAAGCAAUAUUCAAAAUAUGAUGAAUGUGGGAAUGCCUUGAGCCUGGGUAUAGGUGUUCAGUACCCAGAAGGUCAUACCUUAGUGCAUUCCUAUGAAUGCUAUCAAUGUGGAAGAGCCUUCAGCCGGAGUUCAUCUCUCAUUCGACAUCAGAUCAUUCACACAGGAGAGAAACCUUAUAAAUGCAGUGAAUGUGGGAGAUUGUUCAACAGACGUACAAACCUUACUAAGCAUCAAAAAAUUCAUACUGAAGCAAAGGUCUGUGAAGGCAAUACCUGUAGAAAAGCUGUCAGUGAGAGUGAAGACAGUAAUAAAAAUUCAAGACUUCAGUCUGGAGAUAAUCCCUAUGAAUGUAUUAGCUGUGGAAAAUCCUUCAGCCGAAGCUCAUCCCUUAUUCGACAUCAAAUGAUUCAUACAGGAGAGAAACCAUUCAAAUGUCAGGAAUGUGAGAAAACCUUCAACAGGAAUUCAAACCUUAAAAAACACCAAAAAAUUCAUACUCAAGAGAAGUCCUCUAACAGGAAGCAACAAAGGAUUACUUACUUACAUCAAUGAAUUUAACUGGAAGGAAUCUAGUGAAUAGAGUAAAUGCAAGAAAACAUUUGUCAGGGAUUAUUCUUUAAUUGAUAUGACGGAAUUAAUAUUGGAGAGAAAUCUGUUAUUGGAUAGGAAUCUGAGGUGGUUUCCAGGCUCUCAAAUGAAGCCAGAAGGGUUUGGAGUUAAAUGUAUCACCAUACAAGUCUGCCUAUCAUUAUUCUGUUAUCUGUUGCCAUCAUUCCUGGUUCAUAAAUGGGAGCUAUGGCAUCCUAUAUUCACAUGAUUUAUUGAAGUAGGUAUUAGUGAGGAGCCAAGCAAAACCCUUGGAGUUGGAUAUUUUAAUAAAACUCAAACUUUCAGUCCUUAUAAGAAGGUCAUAAGAAACCAGGAGCCCAGAAGAAUACAGAAAGACUAUACUUCUAAGGACUGAACUCUCUGAAUUAAUAGAGAUGACAGCCAUGGCAAAUUACUCCAUCCCUGAUAGUAUCCUUCACUGUCCUGGUGCUGAGUGGGGACUAGAAUUGGAGGAGCGUUAUCAACUGCAGUGGGAGGUGGGUUAACAAAUCUAUAGGUAGUCUUCAUAUCUGCAUUUUUAAAAGUACUCUUUGGGAUCUAGGCUGGAGAGAGAGCCAUAGCUUCAAGGUUUAUCAUUUAUACCAAAUAUUAAGAGGUCAAUAAAAUGUCUUAAUACUCGA